CCAACAUGAGCGAGAGCGAGGGCGCCGACAAGACGCGUCGCCGCGGCGGCAGCUCGCCGGCGUCGCCUGCCUCGCUGCCGGACGACGAAGAUCUCCUAUGGGAGAUCCUCCUUCGCCUCCCACCGCUGCCAUCGUCCCUUCCGCGCGCCUCCGCGGUGUGCAGGCGGUGGCGGCGCCUCAUGACGGACCCCAAGUUCAUCGCCCGCUUCCGCGCCCACCACCGGAAGCCGCCCCUCCUCGGCGUCUUCCAUCGCAGCAGCUCGGGGAUUACGUUCGUCCCCAUCCUCGACCCUCCCGAUCGCAUUCGCUUCGACAUGCGAUGUUACGGCGACUACGAUAUUCUCGGGUGCCGCCACGGCCGCGUCCUCGCCAUGAACCGGUGGGAGGGAGAGGUCCUCGUGUGCGACCCUGUCGCCGGCGAGCAGCACCGCGUGGCUGCUCCAUCGGAGUUCAGCAGGGGCAUAGUCAACGGGGCGGUUCUCUGCCCUGCUGCCGACGACCAGGGCCACGUGCACGGCGGCUGCCCCUUCAAGGUGGUCCUGAUGACCUUGUACCCCGCCGACCAUCGACCCGCCGCCUGUGUUUACUCCUCGGAAACUGGCACAUGGGGCGAUCUCGUCAAAACACCUGCUAUAUGCCAGCUCAAUGAUGCUGGUAUUCCUGGGGCACUUGUUGGUAACGCGCUUUAUUGGUUGCAGCAUCGCUUGGGCAAUGCCAUACUUGUGUUUGAUUUGGAUGAGCAGAAUCUUGCUGUGAUCGAGGCGCCUCCAGUUGCAAAUGGUUUCCGUGGUCGCAGCAGUCGGAUCAUCCAAGCUGAGGGUGGCGCUGUUGGCUUAGCAAUAUUGUCUUACCCUCGCUUCCAGAUGUGGCGGAGGAAUGUUAAUUGCCAUGGUGUUGCCACCUGGGCAGUAUGGAAGACCAUUGAAAUGCAUAACAUUCCUGGGCUCCCUCUUAUUGGGAGAAUGAACACUAUACUGGGAUAUUCUGAGGAUACUGAUGCGUUUUUCAUAUUUCUGGAAGGCGAUGUAUACAUGGUUCAAUUCAAGUCUAUGCAAUCCAAGAGACUUCAUGAAACAGAGUAUAUCUGUAACUACCAUCCUUUCACAAGUUUCUAUACACCAGGUCAAUGAAAGGCAUCUGCAGUUCUCUCUAAUUUUUUCACGUCGCAUCAAUGUGGUGGGCACUGUGUUUAUAUAAGAUAGCUCAAAGGAAUUACAGAAUGUAUGCCUUAGCUUGCCUAAGUUUGUAAUUCAACAAGAUGCUUUUGGAUGCAUAAUCCAGGGAAUUUCAUCUUCCCCAAGUAAUAUUUUAAGUCGGGUUUCGUUUUAUCUUGUUACUUCUCACAUUGUUGUGCUU